GCGAGCGAGUGAGCGAGGGCGGGCAAGCGAGCGAGCGAGGCCCGCAGCCUCUCCCGCUGCACCCCGGGUCAGGGUCCACGCCAAGGGCAGGACAAACUUCAUCAGAUAACCCUUCCUGCAGGAUGAAUUAAGGCGAGAGGAUAGUUAAUCGUCAGGCAUGGAGAGCAGUUUGUCCGUUUCCAACAUGCAAGACUCUUCUUCACCCUUGGAAAAACAUGUCGGCUCAGCUAACGGCAAUGGAGACCUUGAUUCAGAGGAAGGUUCGAGCUUGGAUGAAAUUGACUUUAACUGGGGAGAAUAUUUGGAAGAAACAGGUGCCAGGGCGGCUCCUCACACAUCCUUCAAACAUGUUGAAAUUAGCAUUCAGAGCAACUUCCAGCCGGGAAUGAAGUUGGAGGUGGCCAAUAAGAACAACCCAGAUACAUACUGGGUGGCUACAAUCAUCACCACCUGUGGGCAGCUGCUGCUUCUACGCUACUGUGGCUAUGGGGAGGACCGCAGGGCUGACUUCUGGUGUGAUGUGGUCAUAGCAGAUCUUCACCCUGUUGGGUGGUGCACACAGAACAACAAGGUUUUGAUGCCCCCAGAUGCGAUCAAAGAGAAGUACACAGAUUGGACAGAGUUCCUCAUACGUGAUUUGACUGGCUCCCGGACAGCUCCUGCCAACCUGCUAGAAGGUCCUCUGCGAGGGAAAGGCCCUAUAGACCUCAUUACAGUUGAUUCCUUAAUAGAACUUCAGGAUUCUCAGAACCCUUUUCAGUACUGGAUAGUUAGUGUGAUUGAAAAUGUUGGAGGAAGAUUACGCCUUCGCUAUGUGGGAUUGGAGGACACUGAAUCCUGUGACCAGUGGUUGUUUUACUUGGAUUACAGACUUCGACCAGUUGGUUGGUGUCAAGAGAAUAAAUACAGAAUGGACCCACCUUCAGAAAUCUAUCCUUUGAAGAUGACCUCUGAAUGGAAAUGUGCUCUAGAAAAAUCCCUUGUUGUUGCUGCAGAGUUUCCUCUUCCAAUGGAAGUAUUUAAGGAUCAUGCAGAUUUGAGAAGCCAUUUCUUCACAGUUGGGAUGAAGCUAGAAACAGUAAAUAUGAGUGAGCCCUUUCACAUCUGUCCUGCAUCUGUGACUAAGGUUUUUAACAAUCAUUUUUUUCAAGUGACUAUUGAUGACCUAAGACCAGAACCUAGUAAACUCUCAAUGCUGUGCCAUGCGGAUUCUUUGGGAAUAUUGCCAGUACAGUGGUGCCUUAAAAAUGGAGUCAGUCUCACUCCUCCUAAAGGUUACUCUAGCCAGGACUUUGACUGGGCAGAUUAUCACAAGCAACAUGGGGCAGAGGAAGCACCUCCCUUCUGCUUCAGAAAUACAUCCUUCAGUUGGGGCUUCUCAAAGAAUAUGAAACUUGAAGCUGUGAACCCCAGGAAUCCAGGGGAACUCUGUGUGGCCUCCGUGGUCAGUGUGAAGGGGCGGUUGUUGUGGCUGCACUUGGAAGGUCUGCAGUCUCCUGUUCCAGAGGUCAUUGUUGAUGUGGAAUCCAUGGAUAUCUUCCCAGUAGGAUGGUGUGAAGCGAAUUCUUACCCUUUGACUACACCCCACAAAACUGUCUCACAGAAGAAGAGAAAGAUUGCAGUUGUACAGCCAGAAAAACAAUUGUCAUCCACAGUGCCUGUUGAGAAAAUACCUCAUGAUCUUUGCUUAUUCCCUCACCUGGACACUGCAGGAACUGUCAAUGGGAAGUACUGCUGCCCUCAGCUCUUCAUCAACCACCGUUGUUUCUCGGGCCCAUACCUGAACAAGGGGAGGAUCGCAGAGCUACCUCAGUCUGUGGGGCCUGGCAAGUGCGUGCUGGUGCUGAAAGAGGUUCUUAGUAUGAUAAUCAACGCAGCCUACAAGCCUGGAAGGGUAUUAAGAGAAUUACAACUAGUGGAAGAUCCACACUGGAAUUUUCAGGAGGAGACACUGAAGGCAAAAUACAGAGGCAAAACGUACAGGGCUGUGGUCAAGAUUGUCCGAACAUCUGACCAAGUAGCAAAUUUCUGCCGUCGAGUUUGUGCCAAGCUAGAGUGCUGUCCGAAUUUGUUCAGUCCUGUGCUGGUUUCUGAAAACUGCCCAGAGAACUGCUCCAUUCACACCAAAACCAAAUACACCUAUUAUUACGGGAAGAGAAAGAAGAUCAUUAAGCCCCCGAUCGGGGAAAGCAGCACUGAGAGCGGACACCCCAAACCAGCCAGAAGGAGGAAACGACGAAAAUCCAUCUUCGUGCAGAAGAAACGGAGAUCUUCCACUGUGGACUUGACUGCAGGCUCGGGAGAGGAAAGUGAAGAGGAGGACGCAGACGCCCUGGACAAUGACACUGCGAGCGAGGAGACUGGCUCUGAGGUCCGGGACGACCAGACCGACACCUCAUCGGCAGAGGUGCCCUCUGCCCGGCCCCGGAGGGCUGCCACCCUGCGGAGCAGCUCGGAGGCCGCACGCCGGCCACCAGUGGAGAGGGUGCGAAGGAGCCGCCCAGCGCCAGCCAUCGCCUCUCCUGAGGAUGGGGACAAGGGUCUGCCUGCCAGGCCCGAGGGCCCAGAGGAAGCGAAACAGGAGGAAGAGGAAAGGCUUGUACUGGAGAGCAACCCAUUGGAGUGGACUGUCACUGACGUGGUGAGGUUCAUCAAGCUGACAGACUGCGCCCCUUUGGCCAAGAUCUUUCAGGAACAGGACAUUGAUGGCCAGGCACUCCUACUGCUGACUCUCCCAACAGUGCAGGAGUGCAUGGAGCUGAAGCUGGGACCUGCUAUCAAGUUAUGUCACCAGAUCGAGAGAGUUAAAGUGGCUUUCUACACGCAGUAUGCUAACUGAUCCUGUCCUCUUCGAAGGUGGCCUGUAAUCUUGGUGAUGCUGGAUUUGUGAAGGUUUUCAGGACAGAGACUUAGAUUUUUCUGGGAUAUGUGAAAAGGUACAUUCACUCAGUGUCACCAAAAAACCAGAACCCCAGGACCUCCUUCAUUCAACAGCCUAUCUGAUCUCACCAUGUUUUUAAAGCACACUGAAGUACCAUAGCAGUAGCUUCCGGGGAGUGUAUGGUUCUGUGUUAGACCCUGCUGCGUAUGGAAGAGCUCCUUUGUAUAUCUACAUUUCAUCUUUAUCCCACUCUAUACCAUACAGCUUGCUGGGAACAAGGUUUCCUAAGCUGAGGCCAACAUUCUUUGAACACUGAUAUGGGCACAGUCGACAGCUUCUCAAAAGUAACCACAAAGAACAGGAGAUCCCUUGCGGAUAGUUUUUGCUCUAGUCACUCUCAAGCACGUUUAUAGAGCGUCUUUGCUAUAUGCACACAUGACUGAGCUUUAGUGGCACGUGCUACCACUGAAGUUUGAUCUUGGUCACAGCUCCUUUCUUCAACACAGCUGUGAGUGAUGUUUCAGGACAUCAUUAUAAAAAGAUGUGCUUAACCUCCAUCAUC